GUUAAGAAUAUAUUAAUUUGUUUUCAUUCCAAGUCCACUAUAGGGUCGUCGAGAUGUUCUAUAGUCUUUUUGUUUAUUGGUUAUUGUUUCAAAUAUCGUGUUUUGCAUAUCAGUCUACCACCUAGCCUAGUUGCAUAAGUCGAUUUGACACCCAGCUUGUUUCGUGGCCGUUUUCCUUGGCGGCUGGCGCACGCCUAAGAAACUAAACUAAUACGAGUACUUGUCCAAAGGUUGUACAUGCUGCUCUUACUACUGUUGACCGUGGACUUUGUUUUUCAGGAAAGUCAGGUUUACUUCUUCUGCAAAUUUACUUUACCAUGUAAUAAGGUUUCAAUUGGAUCAUAGAUUCAGGGUGCUAAUAUCAUAAAUGGCAGAAGAAAUUGGUUUUUUGUUCCAAAACAGGUAAUAUAAACAAAGCUUCCAAAGGGAAAGAAGAUGGUGAUAUAGAGUUGGUGGAAUCAACCUGCAUUUAUUUUUAACCUUCUUUCUUUACCAUUUUGGAAGAAGUUAGCCCGCUGAUGCGGGCAUUUGGAGGGCUUUUAAACAGCCAAAAGCGGAACUUCUUGAAGUUAGGAAGCUGACUAUGCAACUUAUGCGCUGUUCGUUCUGAUAUUUCUAUAUUGGGUCUUCUAUAGUGAUCGUGCUGAGUUUUUGCCAGAAGAGUAACUGGAGUGAAGAUACUUUUAUAAUAUGGAACUUGGUGCUGCUGUGAGUGUUGAACUUCCAUAUUACAACACCAUUAAGGUGCAUCGCUUAAUGUGCUUGGAGCUCAAGAAACUCGUUGAUAGCAUUUUGCACAUGUUCUCAGCUCUCGAGUCUGCUCGGCCACGAUGCACAUCAGGAAUGCAGGCUUUAUGCUCAUUACAAUCAGCAAUGGAUAAAGCAAAGUUAUUAAUCCAGUACUGUUCUGAAUCCAGCAAACUCUACUUGGCAAUUACAGCAAAAGAGAUACUCUUAAGGUGUGAAAAAAUUCGGAGAACUUUGGAGAUUUGCAUGAAUCAAGUUCAAGAUAUGGUUCCACUCUUUUUGGCUUCAAAGAUACAUGGAAUUAUAGAUGAACUUAGGAGUGCAAGGUUUCCUCUAGAACCUUCUGAAUAUGAGGUUGGCGCAGUUAUACGUGCACUGCUUGAACAAGACAUAUCUGCAUUAGGCUCCAAAAUGCAAUCAGAAAUUGAGGCUCUUCAACUUGCAGCUUUGAGGUUGAACAUUACAUCUCCUUUUGCUCUUUUGAUAGAGCAAAGAUCUAUCAAGAAACUUCUUGGAAAAGUUAAUGAUACAAACCCAACUAAGAGAAAAAUCUUGCAUUAUCUCUUACAUCUUCUGAAAAAACAUGGAAAGUUAAUUUGGCAACUCCAAUCUAAAAGCAUCAUUCCUAUGGAGGAAGAGAACUUUUUUUCAUCCAUGGAGCUGGAGCAAGGAAUAAAAAAAGAAGAUGAUACGUCAACUGAUGACUUAUUCAUCCUUAAACUUCCUGAGCAAUUCAAAUGCCCUAUCUCUAUGAGACUGCUGUAUGAUCCUGUAAUUAUUGCUUCUGGAAAAACAUUUGAACGAGUUUGGAUAGAGAAGUGGUUUAAUGAGGGCAAUCAGAUGUGCCCUGUGACUAAUACAAGGUUGGAGCAAUUGUCUGUCACUCCAAAUUUAACAAUGAAAAGCCUCAUUUCAAAGUGGUUUUUGAGGCAUGGAAUCAACAUUCCUGAAGUUGCACAACCAAUUCCUUCACUGCUUUCCUUACAGAAACCUUCUUCCAGCUCCAUUGUUAGCUUUGGCAGUUCUGUGCUUGGUUUGCAACUUAAAAUAGGGAGUGUCUCACUUGGCUCAAUGAGUACUGAAUCUAGUUUAGUUUCAUCAGAUGGGAAAUCUAAUGAUGAGAUUACGAGUGGGCUGCCUCAGAUUGUUGCAGAUUCUCAUGGUCAAAUAUAUCAUCACUCUUCUAUGACUUCAAGUAGUCAUGACAUCAAUACAGCCUUUCUUUCUGAACUUGAUAAACAUUCCUGGGAAUCUCAAUGCAAGGCUGUUGAAAAUGUUAAAGGCCUUCUGGAAGACAAUGAUAAGGCUCAGCAUUUGACUUUUUCAAGUAGUUAUGUUAUUCCUGUGAUUAAUUUUUUGAAGGAUGCAAAUGAAAUAUGUGAUAUAAAAAUGCAAAAAGAUGGAGCAGAGGUGCUUCUAGCGAUUUUGAGCAGUAGCAGAGUCGAAUUCCCUCCCUUUCAUCAAGAUGUUAUCAAUUUGUUGGCAUCAUUGUUGGAUUCUGAACCAGCUGGAGAGUCCCUUGCAAUACUGGUAGUUUUAUCCUGGCAACAGUACUAUAAGUCCAGAAUUGUGGCAUCUGGCGUUUUGCCUUCCAUCCUGAAAGUCCUUGACUCCACAGUUACAGAAUUUUACGUGCUGGCUAUGAAGAUCUUACGUAAUUUGUCCAAUGGAACUGAUGUUGGUUAUCAUAUUGCAUAUUUGGGUUAUAUCCCCAAGCUGGUUGCUUUUCUUGAGGAUUCAAAUGUUGCGGGCUUUUGCAUUGAGAUUAUAAAUAACAUAUGCAAUAUUGAGGAGGUUAGAAUUGAAGUUGCAGAAGCCAAUUUUUGUACUUCAAUAGCCACAAUUUUGGAAGCCGGUAAUAAGGAGGAGCAAGAACUUGCUGUUGAUUUGCUCCUGUCUCUAUGCUCUGACAAUCCAGGGUACUGUCAAAUGAUAAAGACAGAAAGCAUAAUCCAAUCUUUGUUCAGCAUAUCUAUCAAUGGCAGUUCUAAAGGAUCCGAGAAUGCGUUAGUACUGCUCGGCCUCAUGGGAUCCAUGAUGAAAAGUGAUGCCUCGCAAUGUUCAAUCCCUUGCACCGUUUUCAGCCAAGAAAACUCGCGUAUCUCCAGCAGUGACUUCAGGGUUAAAAAAUCAUCUUCCAAGGGAUUUGGAUGUCUGAGAAAGAAAUUCUCAAGGUUUUUACUUGCUCAAUGUUGAUUUUCCUUUUGAUUUUUUUUUUUUCCUGCUUGAAUGCCUUUCUCCUUUAAGAAACUCAUUAAUCCAUGAUGUAUAUAUUAUAUUGUGGGAAUCAGGGGGAUUAGCUCAAUUUUGAUCAUGUAGUCACAGUGCUGUAGGUUCUCAUAUUUCCAGGGUCUGUUUAGUAAAUAGAAUGCUACCUCUUUUUCUAGACAGUUUUUGGGCAGAGGUAUUUUUGCA